GGUUUAUUAAUCUCAGUUAACAAGCACUACUUUUCCAGCAGCCCUGCCGAGGACAGAUGCUUGACAUUCAUCUCGAUUCCUGGCGGUGGCCGUACUUAUAUUGGACUGGUAGCGGUGGGAUCAAUCACCCCUCGUCGUCGGCACAUUUCAAUUGAUUUUGUCCAGCACCCGACUCGGUUGUUGAUCGUUCAUCACUCGUUUAAGUGCGAUCACAGCUGCAGCGGAGCCCAUCAUCACAAUCCGACUACGCCGACAUGUUGAACCUAUUGGAGAGCCAGGAAAUGGUACCAAGUGCCUACCAGCCAUGUUUCCCAGAGGACAGCCAGGUAUGCUGCCCUCCAUUGGUGCUGUGGGCCAAUCUGACCAUUUCCCCAUGCAAGACACCUGCACUCUCAGCCCCGAUGAUUUGACACUCUUGGCGCACUGGUGUUCCACGACGUAUCGAUCACUCACCCCCGACGGCAAAAAUGAGCAGUUUUGGAGAAGUGCGAUUGUCCGGGAGGCAAUGCACCAUGCUGCAUUGCUGCAGGGUAUUUUUGCCUUGUCAGCCCUUCAAUUAGCCCACCGCGGAAAGGAUAGCCUGCAGCGACAGGAAUUGCAGAGUGUAGCACACCUUCAUUGGGCCCGGGCUCGUGCUGGCCUGGACGACGCGCUCUGCCAGCAUGCUCUGGACAUCCCUCACAACUGUCACGCAUUGUUUGCGCUCUGCAGCAUCCUGGUGGUGCUUGCAUUUGGCCAUACUCGGCUGGUCCGAUCGGUGUCAACCCACUCCGCCCUGGAUGAUCUGGGUCAUAGCUUCAGUCAGCUGCGAGGGUCGCCGGAGGUCCUGAUUGUCCUCAUCGAUCGACUCCGCGAGGGAGAAAUGGAUUCGCUGGUCAGCCAGGAAGAACCAGGGCCCAUCAUGCCUAACACAUCCUCAUUAGCCAUUCUUACGCUGAGACAGCUCAAUGCGCAGCACGAGGAGGACGACCCGGGACUGCACGCGAUAUAUGCCCAAGCGAUCGACGACUUGGUGUGCUGCCUGCGCUAUGUCGCAUGGGGUAGCAAUCCCGGAAUUGUUGGCCUUUCCUGGAUCCUGGAGAUCCCCGAGGAAUUCUUGGACCUGGUCGCCGAUCGGCAGCCACUAGCAUUGAGCAUCCUAGCCCAUUACUGCGUGGUGCUGUACCAUCUGCGGAAACAGUGGUGGAUGGGCAACCGGGGCAUUCUGGCCCUGCAAGAAAUCUGCGAGUUACUGGGUCGCGACCAGCUAUUCACCAUUCAUUGGGCGUUGGAUUCGACGGGGAUUGGUCUCACCGGAGGAUUCAUCUGA